ACCAUUCGACGGUCUUCUCUUCUCGUCAUGGACAUUGAUUCGCGCAUCAAAGCCUACCGCUUCGUCGGAUAUGCUGCCUUGACUUUCUCCACCAUUGCAGUGUUGUCUGUAUGUAUCACUCUUCCAAUGAUGUAUAACUACAUCCAUCACACUCGCAAGGUCAUGCACAGUGACAUCGUUGAGUGCAAGUCUGAGGCUCAACGUCUUUUCUCUCAAGUCAACCGUAUCCCAGAUCUUAUGAUGGCACACAACCGUACUGCUCGUCAAGCUGGAGAAGGAAACGGACAAUGCGAGGGAUGCUGCCUUCCGGGAGCACAAGGACCACCAGGAACCCCAGGAAGCGCUGGACGCCCAGGAAAGCCAGGAGCUCCUGGACUCAACGGAAAUCCAGGACGCCCACCAAAGGAGCCAUGUGAGCCACUCACUCCACCACCAUGCAAGCCAUGCCCAGAAGGACCACCAGGACCAGCCGGACCACCAGGACCAGACGGAAACAAGGGACCACUUGGACCACCAGGACCACCAGGACCAGAAGGACCAAACGGAGAGCCAGGAAACAAGGGGCCAGCCGGACCACCAGGACCAGGAGGAAAGCCAGGACCAGCUGGACCACCAGGAGAAAACGGAAACAACGGUGAGCCACAGCCAGGAGCACCAGGAGAGCCAGGACAACCAGGACAGCCAGGGCAACGCGGACCAGCUGGAGAGCCAGGAAAGGAUGGAUCCCCGGGAGGACAAGGAGAGAAGGGAGCCAGUGGAGAGCCAGGACAGCCAGGAAGAGAUGGCCAACCAGGACAUCCAGGACAACCAGGAAAGGAUGGACGUCCAGGAGAAAAGGGAGUGUGUCCAAAGUAUUGCGCUCUCGAUGGAGGAGUCUUCUUCGAGGAUGGACAUCGUCGUUAAAUAUAGUGCUACACUCGACCAAGCAAUUUUCAAAUUUAGGACAUUUUGAGUGCUCAAUAAAUACAUUUCGCACCAACUUAUUUUUCUUCGUUUUUUGUUAAAACAUACCUGAUUACAUAAUUCAGCGGGAUCCUCUCCAACUUUUUUACCUCCCAAGUAGUAUGCUGGAUCAUCUCCUCCUAUAAUUAAUCACAAAUAGUUUAAAUUAAAGAAU